AUGACAACGUCAACUCCUACCACUACCGGAACUAGCAGUCCAACCUCGGUAAUCACGACAACGUCAAAUCCUACAAAUACCGGAACUAGCAGUUCAGCCACGAAAAUCACGACAACGUCGAAUCCUAUCACUACCGGAAGUAGCAAUUCAACCUCGGAAAUCACCACAACGUCAACUUCUACCACUACCAGAAGUAACAAUUCAACAACGGAAAUCACGACAACGUCAACUCUUACCACUACAGUAACUAGCAGUUCAACCUCGGAAAUCACGACCACGUCAACUCCUAUCACUACCGGAACUAGCAGUUCAACCUCGGAAAUCACGACCACGUCUGCACCUAUCACUCCCGGAACUAUGAGUUCAACCAAGGUAAACACGACAAAGGAUAUUCCUUCUCCUACCGUCACUACGAGUUCAACCAAGGUAACCACGACCACGUCUGCAUCUAUCACUCCCGUCACUACGAGUUCAACCAAGGUAACCACGACAACGUCUGCUCCUAUCACUAUCACAACUGACAAUUUAACCACGGAGAAUAAUACCGUGUCAAAUCAAAUCCCUACUGAAAAUAACAGCUCAAGUAGGGGAAAAGCAACAAGCCCACCCGUGGAUAAUACCUCGACCAAUAACCCUGAUAACGGAACAGAUAUGAAAGGAACAUAUUAUACCAGAUGGGGACGAACCGUAUGUCAAGCGAAUGGUUCAACUCUGAUCUACAAUGGAUUUGCAGCAGGUAAUAAAUACGACCAUCACGGCCCUGCAGACUUCUUAUGCCUCGCCGCUGACCCGAUAUGGGCAAAGUACGAUGACACGGAGCAGUCACAGGAUUAUACCUCGAAAGUAUAUGGUACUGAAUAUGAUUUCUUAGCUGAAUUCAGUGACGGUGGGGCAAAAUUCUUUGGCCAAAAUCUUCAGGAUCACGACGCUCCGUGCGCCGUUUGUCUUUCAUCGCGAUCGCUGUCCUUAAUGAUUCCAGGAAGAAGCGAGUGCUACCCGGGUUGGACAAAAGAAUACGCAGGAUACAUUGUUACAGGUGCCCCACUUCACAUAUCUCCGACGAACUACAUAUGCCUAGACCAGAAUGCUGAAUCCCAGAGAGGAGAUGCUCGCGAUGACAAUGGCAAACUUAUGUACUUAGUAGAGGCUGCUUGUGGGUCUCUUCCUUGCCCUCCUUACGUUAAGAACAGAGAAAUUCCUUGCGUCGUAUGCACGAAAUAG